AUGGGAAGAACCUACAUUGUAGAAGAGACUGUUGGCCAGUAUCUUUCAAACAUCAGUCUCCAAGGAAAAGGUUUUGUCUCUGGUCUUUUAAUAGGACAGUGUUCUUCACAAAAGGAUUACGUGAUUCUUGCCACUAGAACGCCACCCAAAGAGGAACAAGAUGAGAGCUCCAAACAUUCCAAAGCUAAGUUGGAUAACUUGGAUGAAGAAUGGGCCACAGAACAUGCCAACCAGGUAUCCAGAAUGCUACCAGGGGGACUUUUAGUUCUUGGAGUAUUUAUUAUUACAACCUUAGAAAUGGGAAAUGAAUUUCAAAAUACCCUACAUAGACUAGUAUUUGCUGUGGAAAAAUCUAUGAAUAAAAAGAGACUGUGGAAUUUCACAGACGAGGAGGUCUCAGAACGAGUGACACUUCACUUUUGUUCUUCUACAAAAAAAAUAUUUUGUCGAACUUACGAUAUCCAUAAUCCAAAGAGUUCUGCAAAACCAGCAGAUUGGAAGUAUCAAAAUGGACUAUCAGCUUCAUGGCUUUCUUUAGAGUGUACAGUAUAUAUUAAUAUUCAUGUCCCACUGUCUACUACUUCUGUCAGCUAUACUCUGGAGAAAAAUACAAAGAAUGGACUUAUACACUGGGCCAAGCAAAUAGAAAAUAAUAUUUAUUUGAUAAAUGGACAAGUUAAAGAUGAAGAUUGUGACCUAUUAGAAGGACAGAAAAAAUCUUCUAGAGGAAAUACUCAAGCAACUAAUCAUUAUUUUGAUGUCAGAGUGCUAACACAGUUGCUUUUGAAUUCAGACCACAGAUCCACAGCCACAGUCCAGAUCUGCAGUGGCUCUGUAAACCUUAAGGGUGCUGUGAAAUGCAGAGCUUAUAUUCAUAGCAAUAAACCCAAGGUUAAAGAUGCUGUACAGGCCAUGAAAAGAGAUAUAUUGAAUACAGUUGCUGAUCGUUGUGAAAUACUAUUUGAGGAUCUGCUUUUGAAUGAAAUUCCAGAAAAAAAAGAUUCUGAAAAAGAGUUCCACAUCCUCCCUCACCGAGUUUUUGUCCCCAUUCCGGGAUCCACUGUAAUGUUAUGUGAUUAUAAAUUUGGUGAUGAGUCAGCUGAAGAAAUUAGAGACCAUUUUAUAGAGAUGUUAGAUCAUAUGAUUCAAAUAGAAGAUUUGGAAAUUGCAGAGGAAAUAAACACAGCCUGUGUAAGUUCCUCUAUGAAUACUGAAGCUUCAUUGGACAACACAGAUGAUGAACCACCAAAACAGCCAAUUAAAACUACAAUAGUGUUGAAAAUUCAGCAAAACAUAGGUGUGAUUGCAGCAUUUGCAGUUGCAGCCCUUGCUGCGGGUAUCUCCUUUCAUUACUUCAGUGAUUAG